CGUUGUGCGCCACCGUCGGACGUGGUGUUGUGUGUCUCGAGUGCGCGCGGAAAGAGACUCGCGGUGGUGGUUCGACGUUGUCUCGCUCCUGAAAUCGCGAGCCAGCCAGCCAGCGAACGCGAGCGAGCGAGCGAGCGAGGGUGAUGCGCGUACUCUAGAGCGAGGAAGAGAAAGAGAGAGUGUCAUCGGCGCGUAAAGAGCUCGCGCGCGCGCGUGCGUGCGUGCAAUACGUGCGUGCGUACGUACCGUGCACGCGAGUAGUGUUCUAGUGUUUCCUCCUCCGUAACGCGCUUUCAGUCAGGGUGUGUGUUGUGUGUGUGCCGUAUAUACUACUCCGUGCGCGCGCGCGCGUGUGUGUGUGUGUGUUCCGUCGCCUGGUUUGGUCUCGAUAUCGCGCCGUGGCUUCUGCUCUCGCGCUUCUACGGCCGCUCUCGUACAUACAUACACACACACACACACACAAACAUACUUAAUACGGAUACGCGUAUACACGGGUGCGGGCGCGCGCGCGCACACACGCGCGUAACACGUACACGGGAACAACACGACGUGGAGGCAUGACAGCGACGCGGGAGUGUUACCCCAUACGGAUCCUCCCCGACCAGGUAACAUUUAAAUACCCUCGCCAGGUUCUCGGUGCACGUCGAUCGGUUCAGCCUGCAGUGAUCUUGUGAGAGAGGCGAGAAAGAAGACCAGCUGCCUGCAGGCUGCGCCCAGCGUCGCGCGCGCACACCGAGAAGCAACCUCCUCGUGUCAAGCGUGAGGACGACGACGACGACGACAACGACGACGACGACCGCGACGACGACGACAACGGCGAGGAGGAGAAGGAGAAGGAGGAGGAGGAGGAGGAAGGGCAAUACUCUACCGGACGAGAGAGCAAGUGACAAAAAGGACAGUGAGGGUGAGGCAAAGAGAGAGGGAGAGAAAGACAGACACGAGCGAAAGGAAAGAAGGACAGACAGAGGAUGAAUGGCCCCGGGAGUCAUCAGCACCGCGGCUUGGGCAUGCAGGGACGUUACAGAACCGUGGUGGCCAAUGGCGCCCCGUCGGGGCCGCACGCGCGCGCCUCCGCGUCGUCUCAUCCCCGCAACGGCGGAUGGCACCCCCACAGUCUGCAUCAGCAGCAGCGGCAGCAGCAGCAACAGCAGCAGCAGCAGCAAUUCGCCGCCGGCAGCAAGGAAUACCCGUACCGGCAGUGCCCGCCACGAUAUCACAAUGGGGAUUGCCCCGGGGUCGGCACGUCCUCCGGACCGGCCGGCAAGGAGGUUUCCUAUCACGGGAACGUGGGUGGAAGCAGCGUGGGAUAUAAGCCGCCACCGCAGCACAGCCCACAGACGAGGGGCCCGCCGCCGCACUUCCCCCAGGAGCCGGUAGGCCCGCCGGCCAACUCCCCGCCGUUGCACAUCAGUAUCUGCCAACAGGAGAACACGAUGCGCGGCCCUAUACUGAACAUGAGUCCCGGUCUCGGAGCCAGCGGAGUAGACAUGGAGUACCGCAGGAACUCUCAAGCCACGAACCAGCUACCUCUGAGCCCCGUGCAAAUCCAACCGUCGCCGCCUUACUACAGGCAGCCUAGUCAGGACGACGGCAGAAAAAGCGAGUCGCCGUCGAGGAAGCGUCGCCGAAUAUCUCGCAACGGUGCCGUGUCUGGGAUAGAGGUACGGGAAACGACACCGCCAGCGCCGACGCCACCCCUGCACACGACCCCGCCGCCUUGGGAAUUCGGGGGCGCGCCACAACGGCGCUCGCCCCGCAAUCACAUAUCCACCCGCGGCAGUCCGACGGUUAGGAAUCGUUAUCAGCGUUACACGGAAUCGUUCGGGCUCUCCUAUCCGUUCCUGCCGGGUCACAAUCCCCAUCAGAACAUCCACAAUUCCCAUCACGGCCUUCACAAUUCGCAUCACAACAUCCACGGCUCUCACCCGCACGGUCUGCACAACGGUCCCCACCAUAACAUCCACAACGCCCAUCAGGCGCAUCCCCAUCCGCACCCGGCGGCCGGUGGUACUGGGCACCAUCCCGCGCAGGGUGCGAACGCGCCUGUGGUCGUCGACGUGGGUCAAGUCGGCGUGUCCGGCCUAGGGGUCGCCGUUAGCGGAGAACCGCUGUGGCAUCCGCAGGCGACCGGCUACAGGAUUCCGUGUCAGCUUCACAGCCUCUACACGCCUCACGGAACGCAUCCGUUCGGACACUCGUGCCAGGUGACGCAUCAUCACAAUCAUUAUUCUGCCGCUCAUCCAACGCAUCCGAGUCACGGAAUCGUUAGUUCUUUGGUGGGUGCCGCACCCAGAGGAUACGCGCCACCGGCCGGUGGCGUUGCAGGACUGCACACUGCGGGUCCACCGCCCGUCCACACUGAUUACACCGCGCAUCAUCAAUUGUCUCAGCAGAGGGAAGUCGAGCUCGAACUGAUCGAGUCUCAUCAUCACCACAGAGUGGGUGCCGCAGCUGGUGCACCAUUACCGUUACCGCACUCGUAUUCUCCGCCGGCUCUUACACAGGUGACAACACCGCCGCCCCUAUUCUUGUCGGAGACGCGAAACAGUCAAUUGGAGAUUGUACAGAACAGAACUCGGCGAUUAACAUCCAACGUUCUGCGACGGCCGAGAUUCGGUAGAUGGAGGAACACAACUCAAUUACCCAUGGCUUAUCCGGGAUAUUUACUGCACUUCUUAGCGAUGUUCAGCAAUCCACCGCUGUCCCCCUACAAUCAGGCCGAAUUGUCCUCGCCCGACUCGGUCACGGAAAACUACGAGGCGUUGCUGUCCCUAGCCGAGAGACUGGGCGAGGCCAAGCCGCGGGGUUUGACUCGCGCGGAGGUCGAGCAGCUACCCUCUUACAAAUUCAACGCAGAGACACACCAAGGCGAUCAGACCAAUUGCGUCGUGUGCAUGUGCGACUUCGAGGCCCUCCAAUCUCUACGUGUUCUGCCAUGCUCUCAUGAAUUUCAUUCUAAGUGCAUCGACAAAUGGCUUAAGUCCAACCGAACAUGUCCGAUAUGCCGCGGUGACGCCGGAGAAUAUUUUGGCAAUAGCAGCAGCAGUUCCGACUGACGCCAGGCCGGCGAUGUACACUAGCGCGAAACGUCGCAGUCAUCGAGAACGUUACUGCUGCGUGUUACGGGGAUGCCAGUCGUCGCGUUGCUGCUGUUUCACACGAAUCCGUGUCAUUAAACAUUCGCGUCAUCUUGGCUCGAGAUACGCCCUCCGAUGCAAGAUGUUUCCCGAUCGAUUGAUCAACGAUAAAAUCAUCUUUCACCCAUUUGAAAAUAACGAUGCUGUGAAAAACUGGCUGAAUAGUGUGAUGAGAGAACAGUUGUGAACGUACGACGUUCGAUGUAAGCGGAGAUAUCAAGCUCGAGGAACGGUAACAGCGUCUUUUCCGUCUUGCGUUUUAAGAGGUAUUAGCGAGACGCAAUAAAAAAGCAAUUUAGAGCAAAACGGCGAAAUAGUCAAGAGAUUCAACGUUCCGUUAGAUUACGGCGCAUUUCCUAUCAAAAAGAAAAAGAACAAGCGGAGUCGGAUAUUACUCUUGUUUAUAAUAUGCUUUCAAUUAAUAUUUUAACGCUCAUUAAUUAUUUGUAUCGCUAAUCUGCAUUAUCGAAUUUAUGUACAUAAAAUAGCUGUAUAUGCAGACAUUACAACUUUCCAUUAACGUUCCAUUCUUUUUAUAGUUUGUCUUUCAAUCCAGUAUAAUUUGUAUAUAUUUGCAUAAACACCCUUAUACGUGUGCGCGUACAAAACCAGUGUUAGUUUUGUUUGGACCUAACCAAAUGUAGACCACGAAUUCUUUUGCAAUAAAAAAAAAAGUGUUUAUCGUCAGGUAAGGGAAAAAAAAUUGUAACUUCCUACUGUUAUAGGCUCUUGUGUCUUUGUAGUAUAUCUAUAUAUAUAUAUGUAUAUACAUAUAUAUAUAUAGACCAGCUAAUUAUUUUAUUAUAUUAUAGAAAUGUAUGUAAGUAAAAUUAAAAUUAGUUUGGCACCUUAAGUGCCGUAGGUAGAAAUUGUUGGAUUAUUGCACCAGAUGCCACGUAACUAUUUUAUAAAAUAUCUGUAGGUCCGUGUUUAAACCGAAAUUCGUUUCUCUCUCUUGCGGUAUAAUUAAUCAUGAUUAUUUUUUUCAUCUAAGUGUGCUCUAACGUGUGUGGUUACGAUUAUUGUGUUGCGCACUUUGUGAAAUCUGAUUUAAGCGAUUACAUCCUAAACGAGCGCGUGAGAGUUUCGCGCGAGAGGGGAGAUUGCUUUUGAACCGCGAGAGAGACGACCUGGCGCAUAAUGUCAAAUGCACCCAAAAAGAAAAGAAAAAAAAUGGAAAAAAAAUAACGUAAGAAUAUCGCUUCUGUUUCCUGCGUAUCUACCUCUAAUAGAAGAAACGAGACGAUUCAUAUUUUUUUAUAUACACAUCUCAUAAACAAUAAACAUUACCUAUGAUAAGUAAAAUGGAAGUGACCGGCUAGGAAACGAGGUCUAGAUAUUUCGACACAUUCAAAGAAUGACAAAUAAGAAGACUAAACGAUUGUAGAGAAAGAACUUCUGGAAAUAACCAAAAAAAAUACGCCCUAAAUACGAGAUGCGAAUAUAAUAUCGCAAUUGAGAAAUUUGAUUAAGGACGAGACGUGUUAAAUUUUUCAAUUGGAAUUGAAAAUACGUUCCGCGGUAUACAUUCAUUAGAAGCGGUUACAGCGCAGAUCGGAUUUUGCCACGAACAAGUUGUGUGCGUUUUUUUUUUAGUUGAUUAUAUAACGCUUCCUUAUUUAUAUAUACGUCUAUACGAGUGUCGGAGGAUUGAGAGGAUGUUUAUUACUCUUGUUAUUUUUAAGAUGUUCAAUAUACAUUGUUAGACAACAUAUGUUAUUGGCAAGAUAUGAAUUGUUGAAAAUAGUUUCUCUUAUGUUUCAAAAUUAAUAAAAUUGAGUAUAUAAUCUGCGUCGUUUUUAGCCGACUUAAUGGCGUUUACCAUUAUUUUUUCUUUUUGUCUCGAUACGUUCCCUUCUGACACAAGCAAACUUCCGUUCCAAUUUCUCACGAUAAUCAAAGAGGGAAGUUUAGAAAUACGUGCUCGCACUGUGAAAACUCAAUAGUCAUUUCUAGAUACAAUUCGUGAAAUUUAAUGUGGCUCCUUGCGAGAUCGCACACACGAAAUAACAAUCGCGAGAGACGAGCUCCAGCGGAAUGCAAUUGGCGAUCUGUUCGAAUAAAAUACUACUCGAUAGAGAUGCGCAUGUUGUGUUUGCGUGCGGUAUUGUGUGUGUGCGUGAGUGCGUGCGUGCGAAGAGAGAGAUUUGCUAAGAAAUGCACGUUAUUUCUCUCGGACUUAACCACAGAACGCGCGAGGAAAUUUCUUUAUGGAAUAUGUGCAUUACACCUGUAAUGUCCAGAUUCAUAAAAUGUAUCGACGUCGCGUUUCAUGAUUUAAGGGGAGACAGAUAAGAUUUGCAUGAUUAAAUUGAAAGUGAAAUUUGCAAAUUGAUUUCAGGGAAAGCAAUAAAUAAGCCGUAGUUUUUCAUUUAUUCCUUUCUCUGUUACUAGGUGUUACGUGUUUAUUAUAUUUCAAAUAUAACAAAUUCACGUACAAAAUUUGUUAAAAAUAUAAAAGUUUUUUGUUAUCAAACACAAACUCGAAAAUUUCGAGUACCUCGCGUUUUGUUUCUGACUUCUAAGGAAACAACAUAUUAUUUUCUAGUCUAGUAUCUGCGGGACACUGUUCUACAGAUUGAAUCUAAAAUCUAGACUGUUAGAAAAAUAUUACAAAAUGAUGACAAUGUAAAUAACGCGUGCGCGCAAAAUAAUUUUACGUUU